UUAUAUAUGUAUUUAUAUAUAUACACAUAUCAUUGCAGUGUAUUAUACUGUAUAAUACUGUAUAGUUGCUAUUAUAUAAUAAUGCAUGAGCAUGUUCAGCUGCACACAGAGCUCCAGUGUUCUGUACAAAUGUACAGCCAAGGCACAGUGCCCUGGUAGCUGCACCUGGAUUUGUGUCCAGGUGUGUCCAUACAGAGCCAGCCAUGAACACACCUGUGUGCAUGUGCAGCUGGGAAUGUGUAUGGACACGUGUGCACACAUAUGUGUCUGUGUGUAUGUAUGGAUGUGGCUGUCGAGCUGUGUGCCUCUGGCUGUCUCUGUGUGUCUGUGUGUCUGGGUGUGUCUCUGUGUGUCUGUGAGCGCGCACAGAUGCCCGAGGGCCCCCCCGGGGGCGGGUGGAUGCGUGUGGAGCCACCCUGGGGUGUGGCAACCCCGGCAGCGCCUUUAAAAGAGGGACUGAGCUGGGGCGAUCUUGGAGAGAGAUAUCCACUGAGACCCACCAGGACACCCACCAGGACACCCACUGGGACACCCUGCUGAGCCUCAGAACCCACAGCCAUGAAGGUGAUGCUGUGCCUCGGCCUCAUCCUCACCCUCACAGUGGCCGCCUGCCUGUCCCGGCCAGCAGCACCAGGGGCCAUGGGGGACCCCCAGCAGCACCCCCCCAGCCUGGUCCGGCGGGACUGGCCCGAGUACCUGUCCCAGGAGCAGCAGCACCUCUUGUCCCAGUUCCUGCCCCACAUCCUCACAGAGCUGAACAAGCACAAGGCCUUUGUGCAUGAGGACGAGGGGAUGGAGGCUUUGCAUGACCACUACUACCCCGACUGGAUGGACUUCGGCCGCCGCAGUGCUGAGGACGAGGCUGGUGCUGCGUAGCUGCCGGGCUGGACUGGCCACACACUCAGUGCAUGUCCUUUCCCACAAUAAAACUCUGGCACUA